UACUACGUUUGAGCAUUCCAAAGCGAUUGACAUCUACACCGGUUGUCACAUACAGUGUUUGAACCAUGAUAGAUUCAAGAAUGAUGCUGAAUAAUUUGUAAUUUUUCCCAUAAAAAUGUUGUUAAAUUUGAGACCUGUUAGAGUUCUACUGCGAACAAACUCCACGGAUCGAUUCUACAGGUGUUGUAGUACAGGUCAGAGUGAAGCAUCGCCAAAUUGCGCGGUGCGUGUGAGAUUUGCACCAAGCCCAACUGGUUUUCUUCAUUUGGGUGGACUGCGCACGGCACUCUACAAUUACCUAUUUGCUCGGGCACGUCAAGGCAAGUUCAUCGUCCGAAUUGAAGACACUGACCAAAUGAGAGUGGUAACUGGUGCACAGGAGAGUCUUUUUCAGAAUUUGGAAUGGGCAGGAAUCAAACCCGAUGAAAGUGUCUUGCAUGGAGGUGACUUUGGACCAUACGUGCAAAGCCAACGGCUCGCAUUGUAUAAUCAACAUUUGGAAACACUUGUUGCGAACGGACACGCGUAUUAUUGCUUUUGCACUGAACGACGAUUAGAGCUGCUACGACGGGAUGCAAUGAGAGCCAAUGAAAUUCCGAAGUAUGAUAACAGAUGCAGGCAUUUGCCACCGGAAAAAGUAGCCGAAAAAUUAGCGAGAAAUGAUCCAAAAGUUGUGAGGUUCAAGCUUAAUCAAACGGACGAAACAUUCAACGAUUUAAUUUAUGGCCAGAAAACAUUCAGUAUGCAGUCUGAAGGCGAUUUUGUGAUCAUGAAAUCAGACGGAUUUCCAACAUAUCAUUUUGCGAACGUUGUCGAUGAUCACUUGAUGGAGAUUUCACACGUGCUUCGAGGUGUUGAAUGGCAAAUUUCAACUCCGAAACACUUGGCCAUGUAUCAUGCAUUCAAUUGGAAACCGCCAUCGUACGCACAUUUGCCCAUUAUUUUAAGUACAAAAGGAACGAAAUUAAGCAAACGACAUGAUGAUGCCAAUGUGGACUAUUAUAAAAAACUUGGCAUUUUCCCGCAAGCGCUAAACAAUUACAUCACAAGAAAUGGUGGUGGUUUCAAUUGGGAUUCAUCUGUAGGAAAAUAUCAUUCAAUGGAUGAGCUCAUACAAGCAUUUGACAUAACCAAAGUCAAUAACUAUCCCAGCCGUUUGCAACAUUCUGACCUUCAUGAAUGCAAUAGACUCGAAAUUCAAAGGCAAGUAAACGAUCCGGUUUUGAUCAAUCGAUUAGUUGAGCAAGCGCGACAGCUCAUCAAAAAAUCGUUCCCCGAAAGUGUCGAUGUGUUGGAUUUGGGUGAUGAGCACAUAAAAAAUGCAUUGAAAUUCGCGAGUAACAACCUGGAUAAUUUGCAGCAAUUAGUUGAAGGUGAUCCGUCGUUUUUGUGGAUUUUGCCCGAAUUGCAAGCAGAUUAUACCGAGCCGGAUUGGAUGAACAAAUUAACAUCCGAACUGAGAAGUGCUGAGUUCACAAAACCAGAGCUGGUCAAAAUGUUGCGUGGCUUUGCAAAGAGAGAGGGAAUUAAUUUCGGUCAAAUGAUGCGACUGCUACGCGCAUUGUUGAGUAGUAAAAAAGACGGAUAUCAAGUGGCAGAGAUGAUGGAAAUUCUAGGCAAAAACGGGUCCAUCCAACGACUAUCACGAACACCAUCGGCUGAUAAAAAGUCAAAGGCUGAAACAGCGAACUAAAUUGGUUUUUGUAAAACAUUUAUUCACUCGAACAGGUGCUAAUCGUGAUCAAAUCACAUGUAAAAAUACACAAUAAAAUCUUGUUAACAUUGAAUUAGAAUUUAA